UCUGGUGUUCAUAGAGCCGCAAACAUAUUCAACUGCCUGAAUGUCGACUACAAAAUGUGAUGUGGCUGAAGUAACCAAUAGAUAAGUAACAGCUUUCGUAAAAUGUCUUGGCAUGAAGGUUGAAAUGUGUUAGGGACAAACUUCUUCGCAGGCCUGCAAUUUGGAAGCAAAACUUGGACAACUGUUGCCGAACGGUGACACAGUUCGUCCUUUGUGACGUGUCUUUGUAACAAAGCCAAACGUUUGCUGCUGACACUGCCACGCUGCUGACACUGACAAGCUGCCGGCACUGACACGCUGCUGACACUGACACGCUGCUGACACUGCCAUGUGCUGACACUGACACGCUGCUGACACUGACACGCUGCUGACACUGCCAUGUGCUGACACUGACACGCUGCUGACACUGACACGCUGCUGACACUGACAUGUGCUGGCGCAGCCUUGACAGUCACACCCAAGCCUGUCAGUGACGAUCAGGAAAAGAUGAAGACCUGCUUUUGUAGAUCAGGAAAUGUUGUGUUUUUAUCUGGGAGCCAUGCCAUCUCCUUGUAUGAGCCAUCGUCCUGUCGGGGAGGUAACUGCGGCUCAGCAGGCGGCGCCCAGAGUUGAGGCCCGCAAGCAGACGACAGGCUGGUGACUGUACAUUGAGUGGUGUGGGUACACAGUCCACCUGCUCACCUCACGUUUGUACUUUCACAUGUGUGGUACCAUUUUAUCAUUUCUUUGGUCUUUCACCUUUGGCCUCGCCUACUUUUGGUUCUUGUUUUGUCGUCCAUUUCUUUGGCUUAACUUUUCUUUUCUGCUCUAUUAUUGUUUUUUUUUCUUCUUCAUCACUCGGCACUGACCCUGAGGUAAGUGCAGCAGGUCAUAAAUCGUAGCUGAUCAUGGCAUGGCGAUUGUUAUAUAGUUUACUGUAGGAUCCUAUUGCAAUACAAGUUUAUACUAUAGUUUAUGUGAGGAUUCUACAGCAAACAAGUUGAAGCCAGCAGGACUUCACUGACACAAGAGGAGAGAAUUGCCAAACAGUCCAGUUUGAACUGUGACCCCAGGUUGUGAGACUGUACAGGUUAAGGACCAGUGUGGAACUUCUAGAGAACAGACAGAGUGAAGACAUCAGUUGUGAGGGAUGUAGAUGAUGUGAUAAUGUUGUCUACAUGUUUGUCUACUGUGUACAAUAUGAUGCUGUCCUGUCUGUGUUUUUGAGUGAUGUGUGCAACAUCCUGAAGGUGUCCUCUCUGUAGUUUUGUAUGCUCUGUGUUAUCUUUGGACAAUGUCUGGAACUUUCCCUCUGCACUCAGCCCAUCUUCAGCCCACUGGAUAGCCCUGUCCUGUCAGUGGAUAGUCCUGUCCUGUCACUGGAUAGUCCUGUCCUGUCCUGUCACUGGUGUACGAGGACGGCAGUCUGCUGGACAACAAGGAGUCAUCUCUUCGGCACCAAGUCCGCAAACACACAAUGGCACCACAGGGUCAGAAAGGUCACUUAAUCAACCUGUGGCUGGUGUGGAUGGUGUGUCUUCAGUCUGACGUCACUACAGCUGUCUCACCACUGGACGUUACACUUGUUCACCAGGUGACGUGCACUUAUCACGGCACGUCACUUAGUUACCUGAGGCUGCUAGAGGCACAACACUCUGCUUCCAUCGUCACUUACAACAACAAUUCCGAAAAGUGUUUAAGGUCCUCCAAAUUCUCGGACUGUUUGUCGAUGUCCGAGUACACCAGUGUCAAGGCCGUCAUCAGUGAUGUGGAGGCAGGACGUGGCCGAGUCCUCACCUGUGUGGCUGAGAUUUUACAAGACCAAACCUAUGUGAACGAAACCCUCGGCAAUGUCACCAUUACAGGACCUGCGACAACAUCCAGGUGGGUGGAGACGACACCCAGCACCCACACUCUCACAACAGGUGCCGUCGAGGCACGGCCAACUGAUGUGACACGUGAUAACCAUGGAAACCAAACCACACCUGUCACAUCAAACUGCGUGGAUCCAGGACAGCGUGACACACGUGUCACGUCGCCACUGAGUGUGUCGGUGUUGACGGCGGUGAUUGUGGGGCUGAUGCUGCUGGCUGGUCUCGCUCUCCUCCUCGCUCUUAUGCUGCGAAGAGAAAAGCGAAGGUCUCACAGCCUGCUGUACCGAAUGCCCAUGGAUUUGCCCCUGCAUAACUCUCGCCUGCCUGUAAACGCGAACAGUUACCUCCCUUCUCCUCGUGCCUGCUCGGUUGUCAAUGGCAACCAGACUCCACCUGCUCCCAGACUCUUGGCCCGCCGACGCCAUCUGGCUGUUCGCAGACACUCGCUCCCUACAGAUCACGAUGAUGUCUACUUGACCCCGCGCACCCCGGAGUGUUGCCCCUUGACCUCUGACCAUUACACCGAGUGCAGGUCAGAAGAGGUGAGAUCAUGGGGCACUGAAGAGGAAAGCAGAACCAACCUACCAGAGAGAUGCAGCAAUGACCUAGACGACAACAACCCUUACAGCUCUGUCCUAGACUGUAUUGGGGAGCAGGGUGAGAAAGUCAGUUCAAUCUACAUUAACAGUUUUUACUGAGCACACCUACAGUGGACUACAUUGUGAACACAUGAUGCAGUGAACACAAGUAAUACCUUAUAAACUAAGGUGACCAGACGUCCCGCUUUUGACCUCGUGUCCCGCCUGAAUAUCGGGCGGUACGCCCAAUGUCCCGCUUUCUGGCUUUCUGACAAGUCCAUCAAAUGUCCCGGUUGUCUUUAAAAAUCAAAAUACCGUACGCUGAUUCGGCGUUCUUUGUCGGUGACGACACCAUCAUCGGCACGUGUCCCGCUUUCGCCCCCGAAACCUCUGGUCACCUUAUAUAAACACACGAUCUUCUGUGAACACAAAUACUGCAAUUUGAAAACAUGAAAAUUGUGACAUACAUACGAUGUAUCAACACAAGGAUACCUGUUGCUAUGUACUGCACAAUGGAUUAACAUAACCAUUACAUCAUAAACACAGAUAUAAUAGACACCAGCAGUAUAAUAUGAACACAUAAAUAUUGCUACAUAUGCACAAGUAAACAACGAAUACUGUGAACACAAACACUACAAUGGCACAAGAUUAAUACUGUAGACAACUAAUUAUAAACACACGUAUAAAAGUAUGCAUUCAUAUUGUCAAGACAAGUAACAUAAUAUUAAUAACUGCAUACAAAUGCACUGGGAUUUUUAAUAAAAGUAUCACACCAUCAACACAUGUGUCAGCAGCAUACAAUAUAAACAUAAAAGCUAGAUUAGGAACAGACAAGAAAGUACACACGAAACAAAACAAUCAGAAAGAGACAUCACACACAUACCACAGGGAAUAUUGUAAAUAUAAAAAUAUGUAUUUCUAACAUGCAUUGAUAGCAUAAUUUAUUACAUGCAUCGAUAACAUUGCUUAUUCUAGAUGAACACACAUUCGUUGUGUCUUGUUGUUAACCAAGCAUAACACUUUCCCAGAAUUUAAAAGUCCUACAUGAAUGCAUACAUUUGACAGGAUUACACUGAGUCCACAGUCCACAAUCCCAGUAAAGACAGUCACGUGUCCCCAGUGCAGGGCAAAAUGUCCACUGUAUAAAAUAAAUAAACGCCUCCCCUUCCCAUUACAAGACAAUGUGUCUAUGAUAGAAGGUAAUGCAUCCUCAGUACACGGCAUGUCCCCAAUACAAGACAACAUGUUCCCACUCCAGGACAUGUCCACAGUCCCUGACAGCAAUGUCCACUGUAUAAAAUAAUACUUUUACCCUGUACAACAACAAGAAUGGUAAGUGAAGUUUAUCGGGAUAUCUAUUUUACCAUGAACAAGGGAACGAUUGAAAAAUAAAUCAAUGGAUGUGGUACAGUACACAACAGAAAAACAUACUUUAAUAGUUUUUUAAAUACGAUGAUGAGUACAGUUUUAACAAAAGUAGUUUAAACGCUAUUAGAACUCUUCAAAACGUUGAUUACCUCAUUAACAUGCCUUCAGUCACAGCCUAUUGGCACUUAUCACUCUCUUUCAUACAGUUUAUAAAAUAAAGUUUCUUUCAACUAACAGAUUAUUCUCACUUAACGCUGUAUUUAACGUGGCUCACACGAAACAGUGUCUUUCAAUUGACAGUGUCUUUAAGCAAGGUCUGUUCACAGCCACAGUGUCUUCAAGCUGGCUCCUUUCCACAGUCACAGUGUCACGUGCGCCUGUCAUUUCAUGUGGCAAAAAUGAAAGUAGGGACACAUGUGACACAUCACACAACUAGUAUAGGGUGACACAUAGUUAACUGAAUAAAAUGAGUGACACAAGGACAUGUCUGAUGUCAUCAGUGCAUGGAUAUAUUGAUUGUAUUACCUUAUGUUAUGACAUCACCACAUGUGUAUAGAGAAUGGAUUAUCUUUCAAUAUGUCACUAUCACAUCAGUAUGUAUACUGUGAUGCAUUUUCACCUAGACAAAAUGUACCACCUAUAAUUACCGCAAAGAGAUAUAAGUGUAACUUUAUGAUAUGUCAUUACAACAAAGCUGUAUAGAGUGUACCAUCUUGAAGUGUUUUACCAUAUAGGUUUAUAGAAUGCACCACCUUAUAAAAUCUUACCAGAUAAGUGUAUAGAAUGUACUUACUUGCGACAUGUCAUCACCAUACAAGUAUUUAGAAUAUCAUUUUGCAAACCUUUCUUUGUGUAAAAAAUGACAAUGACCAAUGUUUGUGAAUAUUUCACUGAUAUAUUUGUACAUGAUGCACUACUGCAGUGAUGUUUUAUCUCUGAAAUAGUUGUGUAUGAUACAGUAUUGUAGUUUGAACUGCUUGUACAUUAUAAACUAUUGUAGUCUGAUAUAUUUGUACACGAUACACUAUUGUAUUCUAAUUUAUAUCUGAUAUAUUUGCAGAUGACACACUACUGUAGACUAGUCUAUAUCACUGAUAGACUGCUACAUAGUAAGCUGCUGUACUCUGCUAUAGUUGUAGACUCCUCUCACAUUUCGGUCAUUGGUAAAGAAAACAUUAAAGGGUUCAUUGUUUUCAGAGGGUGGUACCCAUCUCUUCUUCACUGCCCUAACACUCCUCAACACUCUAAUGGGUCUGGUACCCAUUUCCCAGCUCUGCUGACCAUGGUGGCAUGUAGCUGUCUGCCUUUUGUGGAACAAUGGCUAAAUAAUAUUAAUGACAAUAAUUUUCUGAUACCUUAUUUGUUCACUUUGCCAAAGCCUUUGAUGCUAUGGAUCAUAAUCUGCUUAUCAAAAAACUAAAAAAAUUAUAUAAACUAAGGACUGGCAGCACCAAACUCCUUACCUCCUUUCUCGAUAAUCGAACUCAGAGAGUCGCUGUAAAUAACCAACUGUCUGAUCCUUUUGAAGUUAAAUUUGCUGUUCCUCAAGGCUCAGUAUUAUAAGCUCUUCUUUUCUUCAUAUACAUGAAUGAUCUUCCUCUUCACAUAUCCGAAUCAUGUGAAAUAUUUUCAGACAAAGCCACAAUACAGGCACACCACCACCACCACCACUACCACCAACAGAUUGAGCCUCCUGCUUCCAUCCUACAGAUGAGCGCCGACAAACUUCAGGCUUGGGCCGAUUCAAACCACAAGUCCCUCAACCCCCAGAAAACUGAAGUCAUGCUUCUGACGACCAGAAAAAAACAAAACAAACAAAAACAAAACAAAACAAACCUAGCCAACCCAUUUGCAAGUAUCCAUAUGGCGCUCAGUCAAUCAUGGAAGUACAGCUUCACAAACACAUGGGUGUCACCAUCGACAGUAACAUAUUGGUGGCCCAACACAUCUCAGCCACAAGCAAAAGCAUCUCCAACUAUCAGCUGGCAAGAAUUAGAAAUUUGCUAGACACAAGAAAAGUCAUCUAUACUACCGUCAGUCAGUCUACCAUUUACUAUACUUCCUCCCCUCCUAAAUUUAAUAAAUGCGUUUUCAUGUACAAAAUACUGAGGGGUAAACUAUCGCCAAGACUCUCUCUAUUAUUUUCCUCCAAUAACUCUAGAACCUGGCUAAAACUGAAUAUUCCCAUUCCUAGACAAGACCUCUCCAUCUUUACUAACUGACCUCCGUGAACUGCUUUCAGCGCCAUCUACCUAAAUACAUUCAAGAAAAAUAGAUGAGGCUUCUAGAGGUACCUCCCCCCCCCCCCAACUCCAGGAAACCUUGUAAAUAUGUUUUUGUAAAUCGCCAUUUUUGUACAUAUGCACCUUCCACUCUCCUUUGAUACCUUACUGAUGUUUAUACUAAUUAUUGGAUAGAACUUAAUUACUUCACUUACUUAGUUUAUUCUUUCCCCGUAAAAGGCGAGGAAUAAAUAGGAAAACACAUUUUUUCUUGCUUAUUUUACCUCUUGUAAUUGAAGAAUUGUCAUUGUAUGUCUUCACUUCAGAUCAGUGAUUUUACAAGCACACCAUUAUGUCCAGCCAGAAAAAGAUAUCGAAGAAACAAAUUUAAAAAAAAACCUACUUGUUUGCACUGUUGCAUGUUUUUUAAUGUAUGCUUUUUUCAAUGAAGAAACAAAACUAA